AGAAAAUGGGCCAAUCGAAUGUCCGAUACAAGCGACGUGAUAUUAGCGCAUGGAUCAUAAUCGAUUGAUUCCUGUGCACACGCAUUACACGACUACGCAAGUUUACGUUCAGACCUGGUUUUUUUUGGAAUUCGUGUACUUCGGUACCUUGAAUGAAGGACAAUAGAGAUAAGUCUGAGUUCAAGUAAAAUAAUAAGGAGAAAAACUGCACGUAUGAUGCGUAUAACAUAACCUAUAUACCAUGCACUUGAUGGCAUAACCUGCAAAUACACUAUGUCAGUUGAAUCGAGCAGGAAUAUUUAGAUACUUUAUGCUUAUUUCGGCGUGAUUUCGAUACGAAUAUGGCAAAAGUUUUGCGGAAACGUGCCAAAGCGAAGAGAAGUACGAGAGAGGAAUUAGACUUGCUUGACAAAUCGGUGUUAAUAGAUAGAAUAAUUCAAUUAGAAGCUCAUAAUGAGCAACUCAAAAUAUUGAUUGCAAAGACUGCGGAUACAAAGGUGGAAGAGAAAGAUAUGUCUGAGAGAGUUCAAAAACCAUUUGAUUUCUCUCGGUGUCACAAGAGGCAUAUUCUUUUGAAGUUGUAUUAUCUCGGUUGGGAUUAUCAUGGUUUUACUAUACAGGAAGAUAGCAAUGAUACUAUUGAACAACACUUAUUUGCAGCUCUUCUAAAGAGCUGCUGCAUAGAGUCUCGUGAGACUUCAAAUUACUCUCGAUGUGGACGAACUGAUAAAGGUGUCAGUUCAUUCUCUCAAGUUAUUUCAUUGGAUAUACGUAGUAAGUUGGAACCGGAGCAACAAAGUAGCUUAUCCAGUGAGUUGCCUUAUUGUAAAAUAUUGAACCGAUUGCUACCAGCAAAUAUAAGAUGUGUAGCAUGGUACCCAGUAUCACUCAAUUUCUCUGCGAGAUUUGACUGCAAGUAUAGAAAAUACAAAUAUUUCUUCCCAAGAGGCAAUCUGGAUAUAGAUGCCAUGAAUAAAGCAGUCAAGUAUGCCAUAGGAGACUAUGAUUUUCGUAAUAUUUGUAAAAUGGAUGUAGCAAAUGGUGUAACCAAUUUUAAAAGAAACAUAAUUGAUGCGAAAGUCUCUGUGAGUAAUCAAGCAACAGAGAAGUUCACAGGCUAUGAUAUGUGUCAACUAGAAAUCAUCAGCCAAGCUUUCCUCUGGCAUCAGAUUCGUUGUUUAAUGGGUAUCCUGUUGCUAGUUGGGCAAAGAAAGGAGGAACCUGAAAUAAUUUUAAAACUUCUGGACAUUGAGAAUUGUCCACAGAAGCCUCAAUAUAAUAUGGCUCAUGAAAUACCACUGAAUCUAUGGUACUGUAAUUAUAAAGAUGUAGAAUGGAUCAUUGAUGAAAACGAGUUAGUAAACACUAUCAAGACAUUACAGCAAGAUUGGGCUCUCAAUACCAUAAAAUCUACAAUGAUUAAAAGUAUGUUGUUGGAAUUGGAAAAUCUGGUCAAUCGUACAAAUACUAAUUUCCAAAGCGAUUGCCUGCUUCUCGGAGCACAAUCAAAAGUAUAUCAACCAUUGAUGAAACGAGUUACGUGUGAGAGUUUAGAAAAUAAAAUCAAACAUUAUAAGAAAAAACGAAAAUUUGAGGUCGUGCAUUCUGAUGUUGUAUAGUGUGCAGCUACGCUAGUGCAGGAUUUGUAAUGUAUUACACAUAUACUAACACUUUUAAAUACACAAGUUUCUUACUGUAAGUAAA